AUGUCCAACUUUGGCGAUUUCUUCGACAACUACCUGCAAUCUGCAAGCUUGUGUUGCGCUCAAACUGGUCUCACACCUCCGUAUUCCGGUGGUCUGACUGAUGAAGACUUCUUCGCCCCAAUUGGAUCUACAGUACAAUCGCCUGGUUCUUCUAAUGGAUCGACUUCUGGAUCCCUUGGAUCGAUGGAUUCUUCAAAUUGUUCUGACUCCUUUUCUAGCUCAAUUGGAUCAACUGGAUAUUUGGAUCAGACCCAAGCGAGCUUUGCUGGACCAGUCCGUAGACAAAUGGAGAAUAAGAUUCCUGGAUUACAUGAGAACUUCGUUCAAUCCAAUGACUUCCUGGAAUAUGAGGAUUUGCUUCAAAACGUCACACUUCGACCACUCGUUCCAGCGGCAAAGUCUUAUCAACCCAUGGAACAAUUAGUCAAUCUACGAGCGCCAAUUGCUCCAUCUCUACCAGGCCAGACCUACCUACCAAUGGAUCUAUUAGUCGGCCAAUCAGAUCGUCUAUCACCAUCCAGCACCAUACCAUCUCCAACUUCGUCCGUGUCAUCUAACACUUCCUUGAUCAAUUUGGACGCCAACCUCCCCAAUGGAGUUUCAAUCAACACUGCCGACAUCAUCAAUGCUUGUGAAAGUUCCAGAAGACGAUUUGGAUUCAAUGGAAAGAUGCUCAGUCAGAAGACUUUUUCUGAACUGGUUCUUCAACGCACUCAAGCAUAUUAUUCAAGUAUUUGCAAGAAUCCAAAACCAUGGGAGUCCCUUACCGAGAUGGGAAAAGCUCUCUACGUCCGUAUCUACAAUUGGAUUCAAUUGAGCGAUGAUGAGAAGAAGACAUACCUGGAAGUGAUGGAGAAGAUGGAAAAACAACCAGUAGAACCUGAAGAGAAGAAAACGCGGACCAAGUUCACCGAAUACCAAGAGAAAGCUCUGGAAGCGGUGUUUCAAUUGUGCCAAUGUCCAACAACGGUUACCAAAAGAAGUCUUGCCAAAAAAUUGAAUCUUCCAUUUGUUGUUAUUCAGAAUUAUUUUUUGAAUCACCGCAGAAGAAAAUAA